ACAGUUUUAAAACGUGGUUAUUUGACUUACUACGUUGUGCCCCGAGACCCCUGGGAUAGGCUCCAGGCUCGCUACGACCCUGUCUAGGAUAAGUGGUAUAGAAAAUAGAUAGAUGGAUGGAUGGAUGGAAUUCAAUGUUCCUUUCUACUUAUACUUAUAACCUAGAUUUGUCUAUUUGUACAUUUUAAAUGUGUCCUUUUUUCAGACAGAGACAUCAUCAUCAUCUUAGUCAUUUUCUUGCUGAGUCAUGCUAUAAUUCCAGAACAGAAUGUGCUGUGUAAAAGCACACAUAUUUGACUCAUAUGGAUGCUUGUGGUAUUAAAGCCAAUUGUGUGUGUGUGUAUAUAUAUAUAUAAGUAAUUUGUUGGCCUGUAAGUCUAUCAGAACUGUGGUGUUUUAAUCAUGUAUUGAUGGCACACUAAAGUGUAUAAAAUCGCUGAGUACUCAGUAAUGAACAGCACUAAACAGACACAGUAGAACCCUGCUACCGAUCGAUAUUUUAAGCUUGAGGGCAUUUCACAAUCUCUUCAAAGCUUAGAAAUGAUAUUCAGCAUCUUUCGCCGCUAGUAACACUGCAAAUCAGUCAAUCGGUGCCCGUAACAUCCGUGUGUAUCUGUCGUUUCAGAAUACCGAUACCGGGAUCAAUGGUUUGAAAGAUGCAUUUCAAGCAGCUGUAUAUUUAGAUUCAGUAUAUUUAGAGAUUUUGAGGUUUUUAGCUGCAAUAUAACUUAAUGUAAAAGGGCUCAAUAUUGUUUUAUGUUUUAUUAGCUUUGAGAAGGUGGGAGGCCACACUUCCUUUCCUGGGACUGACAGGAGAUCAAGCUGAUAACUAAAUCCAUCCAUCCAUUUUCUAUACCGCUUAUACAGGGUCGGGGGGAACCUAUCCCAGGGAGCAUCAGGCACAAGGCGGGGUACACCCUGGACGGGGUGCCAAUCCAUCGAAAGGCACACUCACACACACAUUCAGACAUAUACUUCGGACACUUUGGACAUGCCAAUCAGCCUAGCAUACAUGUCUUUGUACUGGUGGUGGAAAUCCAGAGGGGAACCCCCGCAGCACGGGGAGAACAUGCAAACUCCACACACACAGGGCAGCGGUGGGAAUCGAACCCCCAACCCUGGCAGUGUGAGUGUGAGGCUUUGCAUCUUUAUACCGCUACUUUGCUUUGUUAACCAUCCUGAUGUUUCUCCCAGGUGGAUGAAGAAGCCCAGAUGUGGCGUCCCGGAUCAGGUCAGGAGACAGUCAGGCCCGCAGUCACGGACACGUCGCUACGCGCUCACUGGACAAAAGUGGCAGCGCACGCACAUCACAUACAGUAUAAAGAAUGUGACCCCUAAGGUGGGCGCACGGGAGACUCACGAAGCCAUCCGGAGGGCUUUUGAUGUGUGGCAGAGCGUUACACCGCUGAACUUCGAGGCUGUCCCAUACAGCGCGCUGGAGAGCGGUAAGCGUGACGUAGACAUCACCAUUAUCUUCGCAUCUGGUUUCCACGGUGACAGCUCUCCAUUUGAUGGAGAAGGAGGCUUCUUGGCUCAUGCGUACUUCCCUGGGCCUGGGAUAGGGGGUGAUACGCAUUUUGACUCUGAUGAACCCUGGACCCUGGGCAACCCCAACCAUGAUGGGAAUGACCUGUUCUUGGUGGCCGUCCAUGAGCUGGGCCACGCUCUGGGUCUGGAGCACUCCAACGACCCUACUGCGAUAAUGGCCCCCUUUUACCAGUACAUGGACACGGAGAGCUUUAAAUUGCCUCACGACGAUCUACAAGGCAUCCAGAAAAUCUAUGGUCCUCCAGAUAAGAACCCUCAGCCAACUCGGUUGCUCACGACGGCGCCUCCUCCUCGCCUGCACCCUCCAUCUGACCCUCGGAAGCACGACCGUCAGAGCCGUCCUCAUCGGCCGCCACAGAAAUCCAAACCCUCCAACCCCAAUUCCAAACCCAACAUCUGCGAUGGAGGGUUCAACACACUGGCCAUCCUGCGCCAAGAGCUGUUCGUCUUCAAGGAUCAGUGGUUCUGGAGGGUGCGUGAUAACUCGGUGGUGCCUGGCUACCCCAUGCAGAUCAGCUACUUCUGGAAAGGGCUACCCCCCAAGAUUGAUGCUGUCUACGAGAACAGCGAGGGCAAGUUUGUCUUCUUCAAAGGCCAUCGAUUCUGGGUAUUCAAGGACACCACUCUGCAGCCCACAUACCCUCAGGACAUCUCGCUGUUCGGCAAUGGGAUGCCGUCUCAGAACAUCGAGACGGCUGUGUGGUGGGAGGACGUGGCCAAAACAUAUUUUUUCAAAGGGGACAGGUACUGGAGGUACAAUGAGGACAUCCGGAGUAUGGACCCUGGUUAUCCCAAACCCAUCACCAUUUGGAAGGGCAUCCCAGACUCUCCUCAGGGUGCCUUUGUGGACAAGGCUAAUGGCUUCACGUAUUUCUACAAGGGAAAAGAGUACUGGAAGUUCAACAACCGGAGGCUGCGGGUAGAACCGGGGUACCCCAGGUCCAUCCUGCGAGAUUUCAUGGGCUGCGACGGCCUGCCCUCGGACCCUGACUGGGACUGGCGGCCGCCGCAGGAUGACGAGCCACCACAUUACGAGCAUGACGACGUGGAUAUCGUGCGUAAACCUGAGGGCACGGGUGGCACCGAAAAGGCUGUGGCCAUUGCCAUACCCUGCGUGCUAGCCCUAUGCCUUAUGGUCCUACUGCACACUGUUUUCCGGGUCAAGCGUAAGGACACCAAGCGCCACAUACUGUACUGCAAGCGCUCCAUGCAGGAAUGGGUUUGAGAAGUGGGGGAUUCUGACUUCCCCAUUCCAAGACAUGUGGGAUGUACCAUCGUGUCUUACCCGAGGGGGUGGUGUUGAACCUCUUUCUCUCAUGGGAGGGAGGAGGAAAGGAAUGAACAGCAUGCCCACGUCCUAAUUGUGGUGUCUGCUCUUCCCAGGAGCGCCGUGUCGUUAUGUGUGUGUCAUGUCAGGCCUCCGUUGUCGGCUGUCCGCGGCCAUUUUGAGACUCGAGUCAGAUCUCGAAAGUAACUCGAUAAAAUAUUCACUAAAGGACCGACCUUUACAAAUGAAAAUACGUUAUGUAUCACCUACUAGUUAUCAGCUUCACAUAACGUGUGGACUCUUAUGUUCCUCCAGAAUCUUUAUGUUUUAAGAAUUGAUACUCAAACCAAAACACCAUUGGUUUCCAAAGACAAUUGUGGUUUUUUUUUUUUCAUGUCCAGUUUUUUUAAAGCAUAGAUUUCAUUUUAAGUAGAAAUCUUAUCUUUAUCUUCAGGUUUUAUGCAUUCUAUCAUUAGCUUUUACAAUCUCCAACUCUAUCUGCAAUAUUUGGUUGAAUGCCUUAACCAUAUAUCUAUAAUAUUUCUUUUUCAGCGUGUGUGUGUGUAUGUGUACACAUGUAUCAAAAGGGACGGCUAAUCUUGUACCAUACAGUCAAGUGCAAAAGUUUGCAUACCCUUAGGCCAAAAUUAAAAAGACCAUUUUAAUUAAUAGUCAUGAGACAUUCCGGUCCUGAUUUACUAAGAUCUCAAACGAAGAGCUUAAUCUGUGUGUAAUAAAUUGUGUGCACAGUUAUUAGUUAUGUUCUAGCUGAUUGACAAAAAUGCUUAAUUCGGAACAAUACUUAAGUAAAGUUCAGAUCUCACAAAGCCAAAUGUCUGAGUAAUUGCAUGUCAAAUAUGGCACAGUGCUGAGGUGUCAUAAAACUAUUGAAAACAACGUUAUUUUAACAUAAAAGAGUGCAGAUAUGAGUUGUUGUUGUUAUGUUGAUGUAUGUUGUCAACAUCAGAAGUUCAAAUGUCCAGCAAACAUAUAAUAUGAAUCAAACUUUACCAGUGGUAAUAUUGUCAUAAUUUCAGAAAACGUUCUCAUUAUUUUGAGAUACUAAAAAACGUAAAUAAAAUAAAAGCUUCAUUUUGUCUUCACAUAGCAGAAACAGGGUUUUUGCACAUUUAGUACUUGCUCUUCGGUUGUAUUCAUUUACACAUACGCAGUGCUGGUUGCUUAAAUGACUUUGAGGCUGCGAUAAAUCACACAGCAGGUGCUAAAUGAAUCAAUUGACAUCGACUCUGCACUGUAUUGUGCACUUUUCGGUUAUUUAUUAAGACAUGCAAAACAGAAAUGAUGUAUUUUACUUAUUUAAAAGAUGCAAUCCUCCAUAGGGCCUGCACUGUUUUUUUAAACAGGUUGUGUCAAGGUAUUUUUUACACACAAACCUUCAGUAAAUCAGGGUUUCAGUUCGGUUUUGUUCCUUCUUUAUGAAAAAUGGUCAAAUAGUGUUUGAUAAGACAUUAAUGUUGAAGAUGAUAUUAUCAUACGCAUCAUACUUCUUUACAUCAGGGAUUUUAUGAUUUUAUAUUGAAGUAUUUUUCUGUUGAUUUUGCCUUAUAUUUUGGAUUGGAUUGUUGCAGGACACACACACUUCUCAUUUUUACUUAAUUUUUUUUUUUUUUUUAGAUAAAUUUAUUUAUUUAUUCAUUCAUUUAAAGUACAUUUUCCUUCAUUUUCAUUCCAAAUCUACGGGGGAUUCAAACUUUUGCACUCAACUGUAUGUUUUAAACUGCUCUACUUGGCAUUAAUGCUUUCAGAAAAUAAUAAUAAUAAUAAUAAUAAUAAUAAUAAUAAUAAUAAUAAUUUUUAAAAAAGUUCCUUUUUUGGUUUGUUUUAGGAAAGGUCUUCCAGGUUAAAAAAAAUGUAAAAGAAGCAGUGAAAAUCCUAGAAGAUAUUAUUUAGCAUUCUGAAUAAUCUAAUAAUAUAAUAUACUUUAAUAUUAUGUAGAAUACAGACUGUCAGAAAAAUGUAACCGUGUAGAAAUGUCAGACCCAUUAAAAUUAGUAUAGCUUGGGGUGCACUAUAUUGGAUGAGACAUUGCACUGAACUAACUAAUAUUACGCUGAUAUUAAGAACAAUAAUUCAAAAACGAAAAACUAAUAAGCUCAGAUGGACGUGUAUGACUUUAUUACAGAUUUUAUACUGCGGCUGGUUUAGUGAUUUAAAAAGUCAGAGAGAAAAAUCAUUUAAAACAACAGAGACACGUUUAAGUUAUAGCACUUUUUAACUAUAAACAAAUGGUAUGACCAUUUUUACCCCCUUUUUUUUUUUAUUCAUGCCUUGUUUUGCUGUUUUAAUGGUGGAUCUCUGACGUCUGCAGAAGUCAUUAAUGUUCUCUGGGAUUCAUUAAUGAGGAGUUUGUGUGGCUGUUAAAACUCUUCAGUGAGUGUCAUUGGCACCACUCCAAUCCAAUUAACAACUUCCUGAAUCGCGAGAUCGCACGGUGAUGGAACACACAGACUUCACAUUGUUACCGAUAUGGCAGCUUUCUGAACUCUGCCUUUGUUAACAAGAUGUAAAUAUUUGAACAUGCUGUACAUAUCUCAUAUAGUGUCUUGAAUAUGGAUGUGAAGGGCAGAUUAUACAGUAUUAAAUACUAAGAUAUCAAUCAGAUCUGCUGUGUGUGUGUGUGUGUGUUUAAUUCUUUUGGAAAGAGUCAGUUACUCUACAGUGGAUAUAAAAAGUCUACACACCCCUGUUAAAAUGGCAGGAUUUUGUGAUGAAAAAAAAAAAACCCCAAAAAACAACCAAGAUGAAUCAUGUCAGAACA